AUGAGGAUUGUAUCUUGGAUUUGUUUUUUCUACUCAGUUUUGUUUAGUUUUGUAGCUAUAUUUUUGGACAUCAGGACAGGUUUGUAUUACAAGCUUUUGGCACACUACUCAUAUGUGAAACAGUACAUAUCAAACUUAACUGCUUUUUUGGUUGUUGUUGUGGUACUCCAGAUGCAACAGAGGAAGGGUCUGCCAUGGGUUACCUGAGUCUGGAGCCUGAGAUAUUACCAGGUGUUGAUCCUGCGUACGAUGUCAAGAUAUCGUAUGAUGACCUCGCAGUGUCGAGACGGAAACGAAACAUUCUUUUCCCGAGUGGAAUCAAACUCUGUGCUCAAGAGACUGCAGAGCAAGUUGCUGCAAACCACCUCAGCUACUUUUACCUAAGAGGUAAGACUGAACCGUGGAGACCUUUGUAAAAUUCAGGUGAAUCUUAAUAAAGCAAGAAGGGACCUUAGCAGGAACCAAAACAGGAACUUUGAUUCAGUCCAUCAAGAUUUGCGUCAGCAGUUGGAAUUAAUUGUCUCACUGGCAAUUGUGUUAACCUUUGUUACAUUUACUCAAAGAGGCAGGUGUCAGCAUUCAUCUAUGUGACCUGUGUAGACAAUAGUGACAAUUAGGCUUUAUGAGAUUUGUAUUUUAAAUAGACACUAGCUGUGGAAAUAUAUGUAUAUGUAUAUAUAUAUAUAUAUAUAUAUAUAUAAGUUCAAAUAUGUAGCACAAACACUGCUAAGGUGGCAUCACUUGAGUCCACACUUUUUGACUCCUGCUGGUCGCCAGGGAGAAACAAAGGUCUAGAUAAAUACAUAUAAGAAGUAGGACUCCUGCAGACCUGUAAGCAGACCUUAAAACCAGAUGUUUACAUUUCUUUGACCACUGAAUAAAUGCAGAAUGAUUAUGAAUUAGUGUGUACUAUUCAUUAUUCAUAGGGUCUUAUAUCUUGGGAGAAAGAGGUCACAAAUUAGGAGCGAGAGACAUGUUUGUGAGUCAAGCGGAAGCUGGUUCAUUGUCUUGUAUUGUCUGUCCUCUUCAUUGUAGGGUUGCAGCAUUUAGGACACACUGAACCAAAUCUUUCCACAAGGCUAAAUGCCAGUCAUGGAAUCUAAUUAAUGAAUUGUUUGAUUAUUUAAGUACUGAUCUAAUAUACUCUUCCGAGGCCAUUGCACUGCAGUAUCAUAGCUGCAUCGUACAACAUGGUUCUGUUUAAUGACAUUUCUGAGGGAUAUAUCUCACUUUUUGGACGCAUGAGUGAUUCCAGAGUGAUCAGUUGUUCAUAAUGGAAAUGUAAACAUCAACUUUAUGAGCAAGAACAAGAAUAUGGCGAAUAAUGGUGGAAUAAACCAUAAACCAAUACAACUAAAAACAACUUCUCAGUGACACCUUAGGUACAUUUUGUUGUUGUUGCAGUUGUACUGUUAUUUUGUCAACACAGAUCCAGUGUUUCUUUCGGUCCCACAUCCACAGGUGGGCUGAAGAUGUGAAGCUAAAGCUCAGGAUGUAUUUAUGUGCGCGAUAGCAGAGAUCAAGGUAUCAUUCCUCGGUAGUCAAAUAUAGACAACUGCUGGUGCCAAGAGACAGUCUGUGACUUUGUGUCUGUAAAAAGUUGAGGUUCGUUAAGUAAGCUAGCUCUGGAUUUGGAGAUGACCCCCGCUGACUCAGCCUCAUGGGCAGCAUUGAUUAAGAGAGUUGAGAAUACCAUCAUUGUCUGUGGAUCAACACCAAGUAGGCUGACUCAGGGAAAGAGCUUGUGUCAAAGAGUUCACAUGGCGCAGGACAGUCUUAGAACCCCAGGUGCCAAAUAUUCAGGCCCAACUGUUUGAAAAUAACUAAAAAUAUUUUAUUCACAAGCAAGUGUGGUCCUGGGAAUUUCAUUUUUCCAUUUUUAACACAAAUGGAUGAAUUGGAAAAAAGGUUUCAAAGGUUUGUUUUUCUGAGAUGAUAGUGUCCCUCUCUCUCUCUCUUGUCUAUUCAGUGUGCCAGGAAACCAUAUGGGAGGCUUUCAAGAUCUUCUGGGACCGCCUGCCAGAGCAAGAUGAGUACCAAAGCUGGAUGAACAAAUGCCAGGAAGGCGCAGUCACGGCACAAGAUGUUGGCACCUACUUCAGCCAAUCAGAAGAGCAUCAGACUCUAGUUAAAAAGGUUAGUGGACAAGUGACGCGUCUGGAAACCGUACAGAUCCAUAUAUAUUACACAACAGGUGGCUGAUACUAAAGUUGAGUCUUUCUCUUUUUUCAUCCCCAGAGAGCAGCUGCAACAGGGUCACACAGGUAAAAGUAACACUCUGACUCUUUGUCGUAUUGCUCAUUCACUAUUUUAAUCAUAAAUAUAUAUAUAUGAUCGCCGGAUUAAGUCUGUGUUUUGUCAAUGUGUCAUCUUUCCCACUGUCUGUAGUGAGCCCACCAGGUCCUGGCAACAUAUGUGCAGGUGAGGUUGUCAAAGCGCUCCAACCUUACCUGUUCAUAUUACAACUUUACAUGUAUCAUGUUCUUUUGUUUUUUUUUUUUUGUUUAUUUUGUUCUUGUUGACUAGAUUAGACACUAACAUCUAGAUUUUGUAGUAUAUUAGUUUACAUUCUCUCUGAGCCCAAAAGAAAACCCUGAUCUUAUUUUAUCUUUUUUAUCAAUUUCAACAAAUCCUACAAAAUCUUGACAGAACAAGGAAAUAAAAAAUAAAACUCGCUACCAAAACCAACUCAAGGUUUACCAAGGAUGGUAUUAUUGCCCUUUUUCUGGGUCUGAUUUUGAUUAGUCCAGUAAAAUCAGGCUGGUAGUAACUAUAACCCUUACAUGACCAGACAAACAGAAGCAAUAAAAGAUCCUUGGCAGAGCAAACAAAGACUUUGUCUAAGUUUUGUCUGUACAGCCAUAGUCUAAUACUGCAGUUGCCUUCUUUUAACUGUCAUCCAUAGAUAUUGAAACACUAAGACUUACUAAUCGAUAUCUCAUUGUCACGUUGUUAGUUGACAUACUUGGCCCCACACUGAGGAGGACUGGAGCUAAAAGAGAAUAAACUGUACAGAUCAUAGUUUUGGCAUUGGAAUGCUGUCAAUCACACACUGUCUCAGUGUGAUCCAUUCAAGCAAAAAGUAGAGUCUAGCACUUGCAAAUUUUGAAUAUCUUGCUUUGGCCUAACCUCUAUAAACAACUUAUGAAAUCUGGAUACAUUGCUACCCCAAUCUUAGCUUAGCUUAGCUUAGUUUUGGUGUUAGGUGUUAAACACGUAGUACGACCCAGUUGCUUAUUACCCAAUAUGAUGGUAUUCGUGGUAUUAUAGUAAUCAUUAGUAUUCCACCAUGAUUAAAUAGUCAGGUAACAUUAAAGCUACUCUAAAUUUAAAGCAUAUGAACACACCAAAAUCAGAAACUAGACUAGACUCCAGGAGCAUCAAUGCAGCACGACUAAAAAAGUACAUUAAUUAUUGGUUUUGACAUCUUCAAGGAUUUGUUGACAAUGGUGAAAAAUAAAAUAAAAUAAAAUAGCCUUACCCUUAAAUCCCUACUUGUAUCUGAAAAUCCAAAAUGUCCAUGUUUGCACUUUAUUUUCCCCUCUCAGGUAAUUUUAUAUUGGCAUUGUUUAAACAAUCUUGUUUAUUUUCACAGUCCUCCGACACCUGAGACACCGAAAACUAUCCAGCCUCCUGACACAGGUUUGGGCCACACAAGUUGUCUGUUGUUUCAAUGUCAGAAAAUCAUCAUCAUCAUUUCAUUCACAAAUAUCUUCAGUAUUCAUGAAUCUAUUUGUAAAGUCAGUCAUUGAUAGUUUGCAAAUUGGCAUUUGACCACUUUUACCUUAGAUUUUAAAAUAACAUAAAUCAGGACUGUCUAAAGCAUAAAGUCAAUGAUUUUCACAGCAGUUGCUAAAAAGAAAAGCUCACAUCCUCUUGAAAUAACACAUUUUUUGUUCUGCAGAACCCCUCCAACCACUAGAAUUAGAAGAAAACACCAAAGCAAAAACAGACGAGGAAGCAACCAACUUUAUCACAGAGGAGAGUUUGGUACGUAUGACCGCAAAUUGUUCAUAAAUUGGCAUUUACACUGUUUAAUUCCUGUGCAGCCUUAAUCACUGCAUCACAAAGCAUCUUUUGAUUUGUUCUGAUACCAAGAACAGUUAAUGAAAUGGCUUUGAUAUCAUCUUUAAUGUUUUAUAAAAUAUUUGACAGUUUCCUCUGAAACAAGUAACCCUUGUAAUGUGAGCCUAAAAUACCUUGAAGUUACUGUUAUAUUGCUGCAAAAAAGAGGACAUCAGCGGGGCUGCCGGCUGAGCUGCUGCUACUCAUGUUAGCGUAGCUUGUUUAUGGGAAUUCUGCUUCCAUUUUAGGUUUAGGAUUUUGUCACUCUGCUAAAUCAAGCCAAGAAAAAUAGCAAGCAAAUUACAUCUAUACAUGGUUGCUGAUGUAGAAAAGAUUUGGAACAAUGUUUGAUAUUGGUGUAUUUUCAUUUUUAAUACCCAAGUAUUGGAGGAGUACUUUGCAUCAGCUGAUAUUGAAGUUAGAUAUUGGCAUGGUAAAGGAGAAACUGGUAUUAAAAUGUCUCUUCUUUUUUCCCCCUUGCACAGCAGGACAAUGACAUUGCUGUGCAGCCUCCCACUCCCCCUGUGCUGGAGCAGGUGGUGAAGCUCAGCAUCCUCCUGACUGGAGAGGCAUAUAGCAGCACCCUUGAUGAACCAAACAGCUUCCAGUACCAAACACUCAGCGAACAGCUUGGUGUAAAGGUUCGUCUCUAGCACUGCUUCUGUCCGUGACUCUUUACGGCUCCCUUCAGUGCUCCUGAAUCUUGGCUCCAGUCUGAACUCGGUUUAUCUGCUGGUUUAUGGUCUGUGAUGGAUGCAUUGUUAGCUUUUGUGAGACGUAAUUUAACAGCAGCAGUAGUUCAAUCUUACCUGUUGGUCAGGACUUGAACCCUGGGUUUUAUAUGAUGCAUUGUGUGAAACGACUGGUCUUGACAGAGAUAGGUCACUCUUGGGAAAAGCUGAAGAAACUUGGAAAAUUACACACUUUUAGGAUGCUUUUACUUUCCUUUAAACACACAGAUGUGUGAGAGCAAAAGGGCACACACAUACCUUGUAAAUAACACUAAUAGCCUGAUCACAUAUUCAAUUUUUUUUGUGUAUAAGGGAGGAUAUCUCUCCUAAACGUCAAAAUGUAAUAUUCUCCUUGGAGAUCUGCUACAAAAAAAAUUGUGAACCUAAUUCUACUUCAUUCAUACAAACUCUCGUGCCAUGAAGAGAUUAAAUGUCUGUGUGCAGGAAGAGGAGUAGAAAGGAGGACAGGGAUGAAAGAUUUAGGAGAGAGGUAGAGUAGGGAGGGAGGAUAUGGAGGACAAGCUGACAGACUGAAUGCCUUAGAGACCUAGUUUCAGACUCUGUCUAUAAUGGAAUAAAGACACUGGUUCUCAGCAUGCACAGACUGUCAUAGGGGCUGUAUAUCUGUGGUAUAUACAGUAUGUACCAUCCAAAAAUAGUAAACAAGCUCUAGCUGUGGCUCAUUUGUGAUGCUUGAUCAUUUUUUCUUUUUGCAGAUAGCAGAUGCUUUGGAGAGACUUCCUGGGUUUAAGAGUGUGUCUGUGCUGGACUUCAGGUCAGUCCCUGCGUUUGUAUCUGGGACAAUAGCAAAGCCCUCUUACUGCUGCUGAAACCACCUUAAACUUUUUGCACUGACACGCUUUAAUUCUCUUUUUCAUGUAGACCCGAGAAGGAUACCCAAGGGUGAGUCAAAAGUUCAGGUUAACCUUGAAAAGUUCUCCCAUCCCACUUUAUGUUUAAGCCCCUCGAUCCCUAUCAGCCAUUGUUUAUCUACAUCCGCUGGAGUGUGUGUAGUGUCACCUUCAUCUCCCCCUACGGCCCCCUGUGAUCAUUGGCACGUGUAAAGACGUGUCGCCAGUUGCCUGUGUUAAUGGUCUUAGUGUGGUCACUCACCUGGUAAGUGGGAUCAGGAUGAGUUCACCAGAGUGAGCAGGUGCUCUUCUAUAGAGACGAUUAUCUGGGCUUUACGAACUUGCAGGAGGGUUGGAGGCAAAGAUGUUGUGUGUGUCAUGGGAGCAAAAGAGCAGAAUUACAGAAGUCAAUGCAGGUGGGGAGGUUAGUGGGUAAUGAUGUGUGUUGUUGCUAUGUAAAAAUGCAAAUCCUUGUUCUGGGUUAAACUAAGAAUAAAGAGAGAAUACUGAAAUCGUUUUGAUUCACGGCUUUCCAAAGCGACUCAUUUCCAAGUCAUUUAAACUGAGAUUUAGAUCCUUACUAGCCAACAAUUCUUAGAGUGGGGAAACAUUUGGGAGGGAAAAAGUCUAAUGAAGUAUAAUUCACUCUGGAUAAACAAUAUUAAAUGAGCUUGCUGAGUGUGACUAAUGUUUGCAGAAGCAGCACCACCAGCCUUCGGUCUCUACUGCAGGCUAGUGUGGUGUUAUGCAUUGCUCCGCUCCAGUUGACAAACAGCCUACAUAGAUUAGAUCUCUAUUUUCUGAAUCGAAAUACUGCCAAACUAUUUCAUUCUAUAGGAUAUUUUCAGCGAGAAGAUGUCAUCUGUCAUCUGUGCUUAUUUGCAUCUGGAUAGUAGAACUUCACAGCACUUUGGUCGUUGGAAAUAAUCAAACUGCAGCCCUGACUAGUGGCAAAUGGCUGUGUUAUGAGUUAGCCACAGUUUAUGACUAGCAAUCCAAGUCAAAGAAAGAAAUGUAAAUAAGUCAUUUGGUCGGCUAGUAAUACUGUUGCCAACUAAAUAUGCUCUCCCCUUGUAAAGUAUUCGCAAAUUAGCCUGACCGCCCAAAAAUGAAUGAAAUGCAGCUUCUCCAAAGAAUUCGAACGUUGUGGAGGGUGAAGGUAGAGACAAUUAAACUAACUUUUGCCAGCGUUGGGAAUUUUAAUCUCAAAAAGUUUUGUAUUCUACAAGUUGCGCAUCAAUAGAAUAAAAUAAUUUGUAAGGCAAAGAAAAAAGAAAUCUCUGAACCUGUUGUAGAAAUGCGAGAUGCCCAAGCAAAUUGAAGCGUGGUGCUUUAAUAAUUGCACUUAAAUACAAUCUGCUGUUGCACAAAUGUGCCAAAAGACAAAGAGCUCUUGAACAUAAUUUUCUUCCUCUCUUCCUCGUUAACUAUCCUUCGUCCACUGUUUAGUUAUCAUUUUUUCAGAGAGUGGUGCAGUGAUUGUUUCCGCGUGCUGCUGCAAACUGCAAGCUACGGGACACCGCAGUAGUAAAGCCAUAUUUAUCUGCCUCUGUGUAUGUAUGAAAUUAAAUGAGGAAAAAUUUGGAUCUGAAUACAGCUGACAGUGGGCCGGCACACGCUCAACAGUCCGCCAGAAACCCGACAAACUAGGUCAGAGUGGAGGGCUCCCAGCAGUCAAAUUUGGGCUGAUAAAUUGCUUUUUCCAAGGCCUGGAAUCUGUUGUGAGGUUUCCAUGUUUAUUAUGAUGAUAUUGAUCAUCCUGCUGACUCUGCCAUUUAUUGGCCUAUACAGUCGAGCAGCAGUAAUUCUCUUGACUCAUCAGUCAUCAUGAGCCCUCUACAAAGUCUUUCUGAACAGGUUUGAUGUUAAAUCACGUUAAUGCCUCAGCGGGUUUCAUCAUUCAAGAGAACUGGUUUCUGAUCCAGGAGACGUGAUUUCAUACUUUCAUUUUGUACAUAUGUCUUUAAGAUAAAUGUUAAAUGUUGUUCAGGUGCAGUGUAGGCUGGAAUAUUCUAAAUUGGUGUUAGGAAAAUCAGGUAAAACAACUUUCUCAUUAGCUUGUCUUGGGGCUUAAUAGUCUUGUUUUCACCAAAUCCUCCACUUAGCUCUUCUCAAGUCAACAGAAACACAUGUAAAUAUACAACUUGGAACAGUCAUUGUAUUGCGCUCUGUUUAGAUAGACAAUGACCUUACACCACAAUGUUGCAGACACUGGGUGUAACCAAUUGGUGCUCUUUCUUCAGGCAAGAAUGUGUGAUGGCGGACUUUGCCGUCACAUUGGUGGUGGAUGGAAACGGAGCGACCAGUGAACAGAUAGACUACCUGACUCUGCAAUCCAACCUGGUGGAGAACUCAUACCGUGAGGUCAUGGAGCUGAAGCGUCCCACUGUCUACACCAUUAGCGAGAUCAAAAACUUUGUCACCGAAGCCAUGCAGCCACCCGAGCUGGAGAGCGGUAAGACGAUGGCCAGAGCAUGACUGCUGAGUUUUAAAAUAUUCCCUGAACUGUAACAGAACACACACAUGCCACCAUUAGGGCUAUUUAUUUAAUUGGCAUAGCAGUGAAGUCAUCGGGAAAGCAUUGGCAGAGGUAGUGCGUGCAGUGCAGGGAAAACCUCCAAAUGUCAUAUCAAAUAGAGACACAUUAGAUCCAGCAUCGAUAUUAUUACAUGGGCUACACCACUUGAGAAAACAUUCCAGGGUUUUAAUAGUCUCAUCUGUUUCUUAUUUGUCUGCUCCUUCUGUCAAAGAGGACAGAGAAAUAUUUUUUAAAAAUAUCAGCUCAAAAGUGGGCCAUUUCUAAUCGACAAAUUACAGAGUCAUCACUUAUAGGAGCUGUGUAUUUAUUCAAUGCUACAGUCUAAUCCUCGUCAUUAAAUGGUGCGCGAAAAAGGUCUGAGAGAAAGGAUAAUGAAACCUGAGCUUUUGAAGUGAUUUUAACUUUAUUCUGUACUUUGGCGCAAAUGCAGAUGAUCCUAACAGGGAUGAAAGUCUGUUGAUGGAGAGCCUACUGGGUGAUGCAUGUUUGCAUGUUAGGUCUGUUCCUGGAUGGCUGGUACCUUGUAGGACACUAAGGCUGCAAAAAGAUAGCUUUGUUUGGUUCAUUUAGGGGAUAAGAUAAGGAGUCAUGAUGACAGAGCCUCUUUUCAUUGUUACAGCAAAUACAUGGUUGAAGACUGGUCAUUGAGACCCACAGUGGCUUUUAACAGUGUCAAAGAUAUUUUACUCUUUAUUGUGCACAUAUUCUUAUAUCCUGUAGAACUUGUUAAAUCUUUAAUGCCUGAAACCACAAAUUAUGGCUAGAAAAUUGAAAUUUUUUUGGACCUGAAAUGUUUAUUUCAUUUACUACUGAAAACCAAAAAAAUCUAAAUGUUCUUAAAAUUUAAGGAAUAUAUUUAUUUAUCUUGUUUGAUACAUUAGAUGUUUUUGAGAACUGAUAAACUACAAGAGGACAUUUUUAUCAUUUAUCGGACCGUAUUCAGGUGUGUUUUUAGUAAUUUGUUGAUCAUAUUGAUUUGCUAGAAGUAUCAUAAAAGUAUGUAUCAAAUAUGAUACAAAAGGCAUUAAAGGGCUAUCAACAUGACCUGUGAUGGAGCUCAUCGGUUUGGUCGGUGAUGAAGCAGCUGAAGUUGCCUUGUCUUGUUCGCUGUAGGCAGGGAUGAGGAGCGUGCUCAGGGAUGUGGUCAGCUCACUCAGUCCAUGUCCACAGAUUGUUUUCUUUAACAUAUCAGCAUGGCAUCAAACAGUAUGAUGCAAUACACCAUUAUAUAAUAUAAUAACAAAAAAGAUACAGUAUGGUGUAUUACAAAAAUAAAAAAAAUCAAUACGCUACAAUAUUAUUUGAUUUGAUAAAAUAAGAUACAAUUUAUUGUGCUUGAUUGCUGUUGCUUGAUUCAAAAGAUCCUUUUUCUUUUGUGAGGAAAUAUAUAUUUAUUUGGACUGGUCCAGACAUGACAUUCAGCAAAAUUAGAAAUGCAAAAAAUACAUUGUGGCUAAAUACAGAUGUACACCAGAAAAAAGACAAACAUAUAAAUAAACUAGUAAAGCAACAACAUUAGAGCCAAAGAUGGCCAAAGUGGCAAGACAUAUAUCAGCUGGAAAGACUAUAACCAGAUCACAACUAACAGUCUGUGAUAAAUAUAAAGACACACCCUGAUGGAGUCACACAAUAAUAGAUUUUUUUGUGUAAAUAGGUGGAGUUGCCCUUUUCUUCACAGUCAUUGUAGACCCACCUGUACCAGACACUCAAAUGCUCACAGACUGGGGAAUAUAACUUUCUAUAAUUAUCUGUCCUGGUCUCUUCUUAAAAAACUACGCUGAUUAACGUCUAUAGUGGCCCAUAUGAAGAUUUCUCCCUUCACAAUGUCUUAUUUGAGUUUACUGUGCAGUUGAGCCUCCCUUGAGAGCAGUGCUCACAUUACAUUUGACAAAUAAUGGCUAAAUGCUCUCAUAUGGCUGUCAUAUUUGGCUGCCGGGAAGCUUAAAGCCGCAUCUUGCCUUUGUUUGUCUUCUUUGGUGGUGAUUCAGUAUUAGCUUUGGCCCACAGCUGGUUGCUAAUAUUCUCUCCAGAUUGAAGCACUGAUUUGUAGAUAUUUACCCCUGAAGGUAAUGCUGUCAAAUUGAAGUCAGUGCUGAAAUGGUAACGAUUAAAAGGAUUCUGUAGACUCCUACAGGCAUGAUUGUUUUAGCCAUUUGGCUCGCUUGCCUUUUGUGUGUCAGUUUGAAUUAAUAUUUGUUCCCUCCUUGGUUCCACAGUGUCUGAGGUCCCCGAGCCUUUAAACACCGCAGGAGAAGCCGCAGUGAGUAACAAGUUACCUCAACAACAUGACAACAGUCUCACUUCUAGGGUUUCCAGCUACUUUGAGCUCUCUGAGUUGAUAAAUCACUUAUGUUUAAAAAAGCUGGCAGUUUCAGUUUGACUGAUGUUGCAAUAACAUGUAACUGGCUUGUGAUGUUCUCCAGACCACUCUAGUGCAGGUAGGGGAUGAGCUCACCAGCUAGGAUGAAGCGAGGCUUUGAGGAUUACUGUGGCUCUUGCUAUAAUAAUCCACAGCUAUUUUGGGUGAAAAGCUACAGGACAGCACACCACACAUAGUAAAGGAGGGAGACGGCACAUGAGUUCAUGCAUCCAGAGUCUGUCUUGACAUGUGGGUGUUCCUGUGGUAGAAUGGGCUUUUUGAUGCUAAUCAGUGUUUGGGUAGCACUAAAUGUGUCUGCUGGUUCACUUUAGAGACCGGCUUGCUAAGUGAUUAAUAUGACUCAUUAUUUGAAUUGGGAGGGUUUGGCAAACUUCUCAUUAGUAAUUGAUUUACAGGCAGGAGCAAAGAGCUACUGUGCUGUGGGAUAUUUAAGAUUUAGUUGUUGUUUUUUUCAAGGUUUUGUCGAGUUGAUAUUGGCGGAGCAGAUCUGCAGUAGGCCAAAAUAAUAAUUAUAGAGUUUUAUUGCUGAGUUGAAAAGCUACCAUCAAUUUAAAGUAAGAUUUGGGUUCACGUGAGUUAAUGAAGAAGAAAAAGAAGAACUUUAUUCAUCCCCAAAGAGAAAUUCAAAGUAAAUCUUUCUCUCUCUCUAUGCAAAAGAGUGUGGAGCUAUGCAGCUGGCUUAAUGUUAUUUUGACCUUUAAAGAUAUGAAAAAAUCAAGAUAGUCUCAGUAGUCUAAUAAUAAUGUACACACAAUCCCCAUUUGUCGUCCUACAUAUAAUCCUACAUAUUACUGGUAUUGCAACUUUUUAUUUUAAAUUUGACAACUUUUUCCAUUUAAAGUUAGAUUUUUAAUAACCACUUUGUAGAUGCUUAUCAAUGUUAAAAUAAGAAGUUGCACCAUAAUUGCCACAUUUUUAAAUUAUCUGUUCAUUUUGUAGUGAUUUUGUCCAAAUUGAGCAAAAAAUUAAGGUUACAUUUUUGUGCACACAAAGUAUUAGGGCCACAUUAAUCUUUUUAAGAUUCCAAAGAAAAAUGUUAUUUUCUUUCAAUAGUAGAGUUGCAGUAAAAAAGUCACUAUAAAUUUAUGAUAUUACAAGAAUAAAGUUGUUUUGUUGUGUUAGAGAAUACUGUCAUUAUGUGAUAAAAUUCAAGAUGUUAAUUUUGUCAGAAUCAGCCACAUGUGAAUUAUGUUUUGAAGCAGGAUACUACAAGUCUCAGCUUUUUACAAAAUCUUCUAGUGUUCACAUAUGAAUCACAAAGUGUUGCUAAGAUGUCAGAACAUUACAAUAUUUACUCAUUUUGGCUGCUCAGUGUAAACCAAAACCAUAUCAUGGCUUAAUUCUCAUGACAUCUUUAUUUCUUUAAUAUCAUGACUUCACUACAACUUUAUUGUUGUAACAAAAUAACUUCAAUCACGUUGCAUAUAACCUGAUUUUCUGACUUCUUUAUUCGGAGAGACUGUAUUCGCUGAGUGAACAGGUUGCUAACUGGCAGGCAGGUUAGGAUUGCUCCUUUGAAUUCAGGUGCUUGUGAUAAUUCAGUGAAAUCAUACGACUAAAAAGAAGUGGAAAAUGCCUCGUUGCCACUUAAAUCGUCUAUUUUCGUCAUCUCAGUUGCUGUUAUGUUGAUUGUCAGUGUAAUGUUACAUUAAUUGCAUUUAGAUUACCUUCAUCAGUUUGGUGUUAAAUAGUCAGGUACAUCAGUUAUCAGACAAAAUUAACAUUUCCUCUAAAGUUAAAGGUAGAUUCUGUAUGUUUUAUUGAUCACACUGAUGUCGGACACUAGAUCUACUAUUUGUUUAUUUAUGGAUCUGCUGACUCCAUUGACAUAGGCAUGUAAGUGCAAACCUGGCGGAGAAGUUUGUAUGUUAUUAGGUUGUAAAAACUUCUAGUAGCUUCGAUGGACAUUGGUUUUACAGUAUGAAAUUGGCCACACAAAAUGAGUUAAAAUUAAAGAGCCAACAUACCAUCGAUACACAUUUCCCAUUUUUUAUGUAGCUGUCAUGCACAUGAGACCUUUUAGUUUUUUUUAAUUGUUAUCUAGUUUAAGUCUGAAAACAAUGGCCGUGAUCCGAUGAUAAAGAUCUCUUGUAGCAGAUGUUUGCGUGUUGUACCUUCCAACUUAAAGAGCACUUUGAAAAAGCAGUGGCAGGAGCUGUGCUUGACCUGACCUACAAACUUAAAACAACUGCCUAAUCAAAACUCCUGUACCUUGGCACACGACUGGGGAAUUGUGCAAAUAGGUUUAGAUAACAAAAGCUGAUUGUGAUGCAGGUUAAAGUAGCAGAUGAGCCCCAAGAGGUCAUGAUCAUCAGAGAGCACAAUGAAGAUGUCAACAAAGAGGAUGUCCUCAGGGCUCUGCAGGCCACGGCAGAAAAUGACGUCAUCAUCCUGGAGGAGAGUACAGUUGUGUCCCCUGCACCUGUGUUGACCACUGCUGCACCUGACGCCGGCAGUACGUGUUAACUAAACGUGUUAAAUAUGCAACUUAAGCACUCUGGAAAAAGCAGCACAAAAUGACUGGAGUUUUCUGUUGUACUUGUUUUUCCAGGCAUUGAGGAGGAGGGUCUGCUGCUUAAGGAAAUUAUAAACGCCCCUCCAACCAAGGAGCUCACAGAUAUAUUUCUUCCCAAACCCCCAAUUGAGGUGGAGUCCUCUGGUUCAGAAGAUGUGGAGGUGACCACAAAACCAAGUGAAAUCCUUGAAACAGAGAUAGAUGUAGUUCCUGUUGAAAAACCAACAACUGCAACUGUGGAAGAGGAAAAUCUGAGUGAGAUUGUUGUAGAGGAGGCUGAGAUUUCAGAUGAGCCUGAAACCACCACUGUAGGAACUGAGACCGCAGAAGAAAGCCUUCCCGAACUGGUCCCACCUCCUAAGACUGUAGAAGUAGUGAGUGAUGCUCCAGAGCUGGAUGCAUACACAGAGGUACCAGUAAUUGAAGAGAGCCUAGGAGGAGGGGAGAAAGACGAAGCUGCACCCGAAGCUCCUGCAGAAGAGGAAAAGGCUGUUGAAGCUCCGCCCCUCUCAACAGAGGAUCUUACAGAGGAUGAGAUCAUUCUGGUCACUGAAGAGGAGAUAGAGCCAAUAGUAACAGGAACUCCAAGCCCACCUCAACCGACUGCUCUGUCUCCAGAGAGGGAGUCACCGUUCACCCGAAUCUCUGACAUACAACCUGUCAAUGAAGGACAACCUGACGUCAUCAUCCCUUCAGUGGUGGAGGUAACGCACAAGAGUUUUUAUGUCGCAAAAAGGACCAAGUAUGACAAUCUUACAGGGUCCAAAUUAGAUCCAAACUCUCACAAUUUGAGAAUGGAGGUUUAAAUUUACUUUUUAGACAUGCGCUGUAAAACAUUGUGAAAUCCAAGCCUAAGAUCUUUGGGUGCUUUUAUCCCUUAAAUAUGAUCCCAAAAACCUUGACCUUAAGGGCCUGUGAGAUCAACUUUAGUGGUGCGCUCAAAUGGUAACUUAAGAUAGUUAUCCACACAGUGUGAGUUGUACCAUUCAAGUGGAAAGAUAAUGCUAAUAAAUUGGGAAACAGAUUUAUACACAAAAUGCUUUAAAUCUAUCUGACUGGACUCAUGUCUAGAAGUACAAGAAACCCAGUAAUCUCUUGAUGAUAACAAUUUGCAGGGGGGGUCAUUUCAACUCUCAAUUUCUUGUGUUUUACCGUACUCUUACAAAACAAAAGAUAUAUUUUCUCAAACCUCUGUCUUUGGUACUUAAAAGGCAUCACCUCUUUAUCAAUCUACUCUUUUACCCCUCAGAUCCAGACCAUCGAUGAAGGCCUUGAUGAUGCCACCACAGGAGACCAGGAGUAUGAUUUGAUUCAGUAUGGUUAUGGUUUGAUUAAUCACACAGAGGACGGCAGCACCGGCUUCCCGUUCAGUGUAGUACACGGCACAGACCAAGUCAGUAUCGCCAUGCCUGCAAAUCCUGGUCGGGCACUGAUGGUUUUCUUCAGCCUGAGAGUGACCAACAUGAUCUUCUCCGAGGAUCUCUUCAACAAGAGCUCCCCAGAAUACAAAGCUUUGGAGCAGCGCUUCCUUGAGUUGGUAAAUGCACAUUUAUUCUCCUUGUGGUCAUCAUUCCUCACACUAAUUUGUAACUUUAAACUCAACAUUUUAUCUUUUUUUCCAGCUUGUUCCUUAUCUGCAGUCCAACCUGAGUAACUUUGAGAACCUGGAGAUCCUGAACUUCAGGAACGGGAGUAUUGUGGUCAACAGUCGGAUGAAAUUUGGAAAGCCUGUGCAACAAGGUGUUACCAGCACGGUCUAUCUGAUCCUUGAAGACUUCUGUAAUACAGCCUACCAGACCAUGAACCUGGCCAUCGAUAAGUACUCUCUGGACGUGGAAUCAGGUGGGUCCUCAGAUAGUUUACACACUGUAGUGUUUAUUUGUUAGCAUCAGCUGCUUUGAGGUAAAUUUGAAAUAUUGAUUGACAUGAUUUUUGAGCUGUUAUAAAUGCUUAGUAGUAGUUAUAAAGCCUCGUAGAUGCAUUUAUAAGGCUUCAUAAAUGAUGCAUUAUGAGUAGGUUUAAAUACAGUGUCACAGUUUUUUGAAAUAUGCUGAUUCACUCUUUAAGGAGAAGAGUGAACAACUUUUUAUGAGUAAAUCUAAAGCUGGGUUGAUGGUUUUCUAGAUUAACGUUAAGACUAGAACAAGGGAAGAGCGAGCUAAUUUACAUCCAAAGUAAAAGAAAAACUACUUUUUUACAUCUGACUGCUCAUCCAUAGAUAUAUUUCCCCCCAAAUGUUUUACCUGAUGGAUGUAAUCUAUGAACUUUUUAAACUUGGUGGCACCAUCUUGUAUUUUUAAAAAUGUGUUAGUGUGUGAAAAGGCUCCUGAAAGGAUGUUGAAUCCCUCUCGUGACACUACUUAAGAGACAAUCGGCACGGUCACAUCAGUGGGGGAUAAGUUAAUCAUGGCUUCCAUGGACAAUAGCCAAGUGAGCACACCACUUGACCAACUGAUUACUGUGUGCAGCUCUGGUUUUACACAAUCACGUUUCCACUCAUUUACGGAAAUAAGGCUCAAUUACAGACCCAGCUGGACAUCUUUUGUACGAUUUUCAUUUGGGAUGUUGAAAUUGAACAUCAGGCUUUAACUUGAAAACACCAGUCUGAUUGAAACCAGACGGUUAUGAUAUCACUGAUUCAUGCUUUUGUAAACAACCAUGAGAGAACUAUCGUAAUAAGCGCCGAGUCACAGUUGAUACAAAACACUGAAUCACCACUUGCAAUCGAACCACAACAGACAGACAGCUGGCAUUUUGGAACAGUGUGUUUGUCUGUGUGCCCUAGUUUGGUACAACAACAUGACAUGACAAAUUUAUGUGUAUUUUGACAUUUGGGAUACAAGCUUACACGCUCUACAGAAAAGGUGUCGAUGAAGGAUCAGUACCACGCAUGUCAAACUGAACACUUUAAAGAUGUAAAUACUGUGACCAGACCAGAGCGUGUAGUUCUGAGGGGUGAAAAAACAGACCCUCAUGACUUUGUGAUCUCCUCAGUCAACUCACAUCCCAUUUAUUUGAACUUUUUUGAAACCAAAAGUAUUACAAGUUACUUCUCUAAGCUCUAAAGUUCCAAUGAAAAGAUAUUUAACAGCACACAGCACAGAGUUAUUCUAACAGUUUCUCAUGUUUCAGCCCUCCAGCUGCCUGCUACAGUCAAUAUUUACCGUAAAGACAUGAAAGAAGUGUCAAUCUUGACAUUUGACUCACACCACCAAAGAACAAGCACAUUUCCUGAGACAUAAAUUAUUAUUAUGAGCUUUUAAUGUCUAUUUAAUAGCCUUUAUUUUGGUUUCUCUCUCGCUCUUGACUUCCAGGUGAUAAAGCUGAUCCGUGUAAGUUCCAGGCGUGUAAUGAGUAUGCAGAGUGUAAAGUAAACAAGUGGUCCGGGGAGGCGGAGUGUGUCUGUAACGCUGGCUAUUUCAGCGUGGACGGCCUCCCCUGUCAGAGCGUCUGUGAGCUGCAGUCGGACUUUUGCCUCAAUGAUGGCAAGUGUGACAUCAUCCCGGGCCAGGGAGCCAUCUGCAGGUAGGUGGGAGUUAAGGGAAAUGACAAGAGUGUGUGCGGGAAGACUGUCUCUGGGGAUCUAGUUUGUCAAACCGAUACUUCCCAGAAGACUAAUAAGAACUUCCCACAUGUGUUCAAGUAGGAUGGCAGAUUUAGAGUUUCUAGUUUCAGGGUAGCCGAUUAUUAAUCGUAAAGAGAUGAAUGAUGUCUAGCAUAUUAAAAACAUUUGUUUAAAAGCUUUUCUUUGUUUGGCUUAAAGGUGCUGGGAGAUAAAAUAUGUGCUUUAGCCAAACAAGUUUUAACCACAGAAGGCGACACAGAGAUUUAGGUUCACACCUAGUUGGCUAUAAAAAGCAGUUUUCCGUCUUUAAAUGAUUUAUUUUUGGCCUGGAAAAAGUUUCGAAGAAUACAAACAAGGUUUUGAGUUCACACUAAAAUAUUUGGCAGCUGACCAUUUUAAUUUAAUUCAUCCCUCUGGCAAUAUUUAUUUAUAAAUGAAAACAGUGAGAGCCGCUUGGAGAGCCAUACUUGAUUAAUAUUGAGGUGCAUUGUUUUCAGCCCCAGGAUGCAUAUUAUCACAUUUUUGUCCGGUGAAAUAUUGUCCGUUGUGUUGUUUUGUGGCUCUGUUGAAUUUCUCCCACAUUAAAACAAUACUAUGGUUUACUUUAAACCACUUUCGCCUGUGUGUGUGUGAUUGAGAGAGUGUGUGUGUGUUUUAUGUGGAAACAGACAUCUGGAUGGGUGUAAGAUGUGAAAGAUGAUAUGCAAAUAAUCCAAAUCAGACAUAAACCCGUCUUCCGACUGUGUUGUUGAAUCGGAUGAUUAUGAACAGAGACAGAGUGUCAGGACGAGCGCUCACUUUUCUUUCACACCCUCAGGAACUUUAUAAAACAUGCAGACAGCUGCAGAUGUAGUUGGAUUCUUGUUUAUUCCACAGUGCCUGUCACAGCAAAGAAAGAUUAUUCCAAAACGGGGCGAUUCUGAUUGAAGUCAAGGCCACACAUGACCUAGGAGGACUCAGUCAUUUCUACAUUUAUUGUUAAUUCAUCACAGAACAAAAACAGCGUGAUGCAAUUCCUCUUUACCGUUAUGCUGAAAGAUUAAUAUGAGAUUAAUGUCUGUUUCUGUUAUUGUUGAAGUUCUUACUAGAAAUGACUCCACGAUGUUUCUGACUCAGGUGUCGUGUCGGGGAAAACUGGUGGUACAGAGGAGAGCACUGUGAGGAGUACGUAUCUGAGCCGCUGGUGGUUGGCAUAGCAAUCGCCUCUGUGGCAGGAUUCCUAUUGGUGGCUUCAGGAGUUAUCUUCUUCCUAGCCAGGACGUUGCGGGAUCAGUAUGAGAAGGAAGAGUCAGAGGAUCCCAUAAGGUAAGAGAAAGCUGAAGUACUCAUUGGUGCAAGUCUGGGGUGAUAGAUCCAGACACAUGAAUCCGAUCAGGGAUCUGAUUGGAAAAUCUUGCAGCAUAAAUAGACCCCUAAUUUAGGAGGAAACAAUUAUUGAUGUUACGUGAAUGAGAGAAUGACGCAUGUGACUUUAAACCAAUCAACUGGUGUUUUGGCCAGCAUAAAACUGGUCUUCUAAAUAUUACCCAUAAUUUCAAUAUCUAACUGAUAAAUUGAUGAAGACACCCCAUGAUUGUGUCCUCAUUGUCUGCUUCAGACGUACAGCAAUAGGAGCGCCCUAUCCCUGUCUUCCCGUUUUAUCCUUACCCCCAACCUAAUUUGAUCCUCUGUCUUCCUCGUCUUUUUUUGGGAGAUAUCCACACACCCACUUGAUCCAUCAGUGUGUGCGUGUGACGUGUUUUCCGGAGCAGCAGACGAAAAACCCCUUUACCAAUCUCAGCCAAUUAACUUAUCAGAAAUGGUGCUAAUCUGUUCUCAUAAAGCUUUUAACACCUUAAAAGGGUGAAAGAAUACAAUUCAAAAUCCGGCUGGAACACACGGAUCCAUCUGGGGUUAAUGAGGUUAACAGGCUUUCAAAUGGUCUAUUGUCCUAGUUGUCUUCUAGGCCAAAAGGGACUGAAUUGUCUGUUUCUGUGACGCUCCACAGGCGGGCUGAGAGUCUGCCAUCUCUGGAGAGGGCAACCAAGUACAACCCAAUGUACGAGAGCGAGGCAACUACAGGUUACAGCCACUACUACCGCCGCUACCCUGAAGCUCCGGUAUACAGCAGCGCCAGUGCCGAGGCCUCCACUGACUUCAGCAGCGAGGAGAUACGACACAUUUAUGAGAACAGUGAACUGACCAAGGAGGUGCGUGGGUGUUAGUUUUUCAAUAGAAGAACAUUAAAACAACACUGUUACUACAUUAAAAACUUGCUGAGUGUUUUCCCUCAGUCUCACUGAUGGUGACAGAAUCAUAUCUGUUAAAUAUGAUGUAUGGGAACUCUAUUUUUGCCAUGUGGGUUACAACCUAUCAGUCUGUACCUCAAGACUGUAAACACUACUGUUGGCUGAGCUUAACUACUAGUAGCUAGUAGGAUGAUAAAGACAUGUUGCAACUGCAUGUUGCUGAAACACAUGGAAGAUUUCAUACAGUGAAACCAGUUUCCUUCUCAGGGCUGCCCAAAACAGAUCAUGUCUGGAUUGUGCAGUCAGUCAUAAUUGCAAUGUUGUCUGACCAAAUCAGCUUCCAUUCAGAUUAAAAAUUAAUGCUUUGUUGUAUUAUAGGGUAUAUUGAUACAGGACAUUGGGUCCUCAAAGAUCUGUACUCUUUCCACAAUGGCUCUUUACCCUGAACUCUACGAGACCUCUUUUUUGUGCUCUCUGAUUGAUAAACAGGAAAAUACUCAUUUUAUAAAAGAGGCUAUCAUCCUGUCAGAAUGAUAGAUUCAACCACAGUACAGUCAAAUUCUGGUUAAUUAAGGGCAUCAUGGUUUUGGAAAUGUGGCUUUAAACCCAUGUUGGCUCAGAGGUACGGUUUUCCACUGAAGAUUAACUUUGCAUCCUCAGUUUGGAAGGAACAAACACAGUUUUUCUGUAGGGGUUUGAUUUUAAUUGACAAAAAAACCCACUUUCUUUUUAAUUGGCCGAUUUCGGUGUUUGGCCUUUUUCAACCUCUGUAAUAUUCAUUCAUUAUAAAAAGUGCAUGCUGGUAAGCAGUUAAUUACUAAAUCAUGGAACAUCACUUGAAUUUCCUACAUCUGAAUUUCACUCAACAAAAGUGUGAAUUUGCGGAUUCUAGCCUGUAAACUUGAUCUAUUGGUAAUUGGCAUUUAUUUCUUUGGUGGUUUCAGCGUGUCAUGAUGUUAAUGGUUUGGCUGAGCCACAGCCUGUAGUUUACUGUUAAUCUCUAUGUGAUGUAAUGCUUCAAACCCAACCGUUAUCAUGUGUUUCUGCAGGAAAUCCAGGACAGGAUACGCAUUAUUGAGCUCUACGCUAAGGACCGGCAGUUCGCAGAUUUCGUGCGGCAACAUCAAGCGUGAGUGUCUUUCUUGUUUUUUCUGUUUAACCACAAUGAGAUAAACGCACGCCAAAGAAACCAGGACAUGAAGAACGAUGGACGUGAAUUUGAGAUAAAGGCGUCUGGCAAGAUUGUACGUGCAAAACCAGUGUGGAAACAGAUUAAUCAUCAUCAGACCAGGCUAGGAGCUCAUUCAGUGAGACAGACAUCAUUAGGAGAAACAGACAUUCCUAUGUCUGCCAAGAGUUUAGCAGGACGAGUGUGUUUGUCUGUGGUGUUUUUAAGUUGUAUCUGACUGUAAAUCAUUGUUCUGUGGGCCAUGAGGAACUUUAAUGCCAGAUAGACCUGGAUUAAGUUUGUGUGGUAGUUUGUGGAGUAAAAAGUAACUUAUUUGCCGAGAAAGAUGAAAAUUUAUGUGUAUUUGUUUGUUUGUUCUGCAGUGUCCUGGAUACGCGCAGAGAGAGCUCCUCUGCACAGGCUCAGGCAUAAACUAAAGGUUUGUUUUCUCAUUUGAAGACUGUGCAGCAGGCUCUUUGUUUGUAGUUAUUAUCCAGACACAGGAGAGGUCUGAGUUCUUGUAAAUUCAAGAACCUGGUCAUGAAUUAUAUUUACAUUAAAAACGUUGUAGCAGAGGAUCAAGUAAUGAGCUUUUUAUUUUUUUAAAACACCAUGUAAAUUCAUUAUCCCUCCAAUUUUAUGGGGAGAUUUUGUAAAACUUAGUGACAGACAAAGACUGGUCACUGAUUUAUUAGAAAUAUUAAAUACAGAUAUACAAAGUUUCUGCAAUGGCAUGCUGUAUGAAGGAAGGGAAAGGCAGAAUUUACGGUGGUAUUUUUAAAUUUCAUACUGGCUUGUCCAUGAUUCAGACCUUGUAAUUAUGACCUCAAGGAGUAGUUUGAACUUUAGGGCGUGUGCAUUUACAGCAUGAUUAAAUAUACAGCACUUAGUUAUAUUUUAGCAGGGUUACAUGCACAGAUAUUUAGAAACAGAAAACAAAGAGAUACCAUUAUAAGAUGGUAAAUACACUCUAUUUACCAAUACAAUAUACAUAAUGUAGAUUACUCAUUUUCUUAAUAGAGUUAGAUGAGAUGAUUGAUAUCACUCUCUGUCCGUACAUUAAAUAGUCUCGCACUCAGAACAACUGCUGGAGCAGAGUCCUGUCAUUGCCAUGCCUUCAUACUCGUAUACUGCACUCUGAAAUGAUGUAAAAUUGAGGCCCCAGAGUGUGAUUUCACAAUUCAGUUUUUCUUUACAGUUUGUAAACACACACCAAGAGUGGCACACACAGAAGUACACACACACAUAGUGCUGUUCCGCCCUUUUGGCUCCAACGUUGUGCAUUACCUCUGUCAUUCCCUGCCUCCGUUCCUACCUUGAGCAGAUAGAUACAACUGAUCUAGCUCUGUGUUAGAGUAACAAAGUGUUUCUAUCUGCUGAAUUACCAACUGGACCAACAUGUUGCCAUGUAAUAUAAACUUAGGAACAAUUCUCGUCUUGGCCAGAGGAAGCGUGGCUCUCCUCCAGCUUAUUCUGCAUUUCUAUCAUGCCAGGACAGAAGACAUUGCAGUGCACAUCUCUACUGUGAACAGAGCUUGGCUUUUUUCUUUACUAUGCUAAGUCUACUUGUUGAAGGCCACUUACUCUAAUCAAACUGUACAGUGGUAUUAGUCUCAUCUCACUCUUAGUAAUAUAGCAGACAAGAACAUUUUACAAAUGGAGAGCUAUCCAUGGAAUGCUAUUCUUUAAAUUGUGGUUCAUUAAUGGGACUUUCUGCAUACUAGGUGCAUCAUGAAUAAAUAAAUAGAGGACAGGACAGGUAUUUGUAGACUUUAACUCCAAUUUGCUGAACCAGACCAUUUUAGAGUAUUCAAACUAAAAUAAAAUAGCAACAAACUUCAAAGUGCAUUCAAGUUUUCGGCUCUCAUGUAUUUUGUGCGUACUAACCAACCCCUUUUUUUUCUUCUGUGUAGAAACAUGCCUCUCGAGAAAGUGAAACUGCCUAUCAGGACUGUCCCUGUUAUCUUACUUGUUCAGAGUCUGGAGUUAAUGUUGGACUUUGAUUCGGCUGUUAUACUUCAGACCAUUGAGCCGUCUCAGCAUCUGGUUAUGUCCAGAUCAGUACUGACUGUUCUUCCUCUUUCCUCUGUGCCUUCUCUUGACUGGGUGAGCUGGCUUGGACAUCAAGGGACGUGUUCACUGUUGUCAAGUAACGGACAACUCCCUUUGGGGAAAAACUGGACCGCAUCCUGAUACUUGAAAUACUGGCAGACACAUCAAAUCUGUCCACACUAGAACUCGUCUUUGGAGGAGUAAUCAGUUUUGUUUCACCAUGUCAUACCUGUCCAAUCAAAUGGAAGAACUUAAACUGUGAAUAUGUAUAUAGUUGAACUGUUUGGAUAUUUAAUAGGAUGCUCCAAACAGUUUGUGUCUCUAUGAAGCUCAGUCGUACUCUUUAGUUCUUAUCAUAGGGGCACUGGGAGAGCUGCGUUGUUGUAGUUGAUGGUGCUAUCUAAAUUUAUGAUACUGUAUGAAUUAUAGUGAUUUAUGAAGAACAACUUAAACAAACUCAAAUGCAAUUCAAAUGAAUCAAAUGUUAAAUAACAGUAAGCUUUAAAAGUAGUUCAGCUGUUUGGGAAAUAGAUACAGGAUAAUAUUAAGG